AUGGUUAGGGAGGUGUGUGUGUGACGUCAGGAACGCGCCCGGCACCAGGAAGGUUACAGGCGGCUGAUCAGAUUUGAGGUCGUCCUUGUCACUGUACUGGAAUCCCCGGCCUGGAGACUGACCCAGAUCUUCUUCUGACCGGCCGCUCAUGCAAAGGAUGUUGUCACUGAUCUCCCGGGUGCUGCAGGGCUCGGCCCACAAGCCUGUCACUGGGACUACUGCAGAGGCUGUUCGUGUUAUGGUGGCAUCCCGCAAUUAUGCUGACUUUGCAUCUGAAGCGACUUUUGACAUUAAGAAAUGUGAUGUUCACCGGUUAGAAGAAGCUCCACCAAUUACAGCCGUUCUGACUAGGGAGCAGGGCCUGGAAUAUUACAGGACCAUGCAGACCAUCCGGCGUAUGGAGCUCAAAUCAGAUCAGCUGUACAAGCAGAAGAUCAUCCGUGGGUUCUGUCAUCUAUAUGAUGGUCAGGAGGCUUGUUGUGUUGGCAUGGAGGCGUCCAUUAAUCUCACAGAUCACCUAAUCACAGCCUAUCGAGCUCACGGGUAUACCUAUACCCGUGGGGUGCCAGUGAAAGAAAUCCUGGCUGAGCUCACAGGAAGAAGAGGUGGUUGUGCCAAGGGAAAGGGAGGCUCAAUGCACAUGUAUGCCAAGAACUUCUAUGGAGGGAAUGGCAUUGUGGGCGCUCAGGUCCCUCUAGGAGCGGGGAUAGCAUUGGCCUGUAAAUAUUUUGGAAAGGAUGAAAUCUGCUUGUCUUUAUAUGGUGAUGGAGCUGCUAAUCAGGGUCAGAUUUUUGAGACCUACAACAUGGCAGCUCUUUGGAAACUACCAUGUAUCUUCAUUUGUGAAAACAACAGAUAUGGCAUGGGUACCUCCGUAGAAAGGGCUGCAGCUAGCACAGACUACUACAAGCGUGGAGAUUAUAUCCCUGGCCUAAGGGUUGAUGGUAUGGACGUGCUGUGUGUCAGAGAAGCUACUAAGUUUGCCGCAGAUCAUUGCCGAUCUGGAAAGGGACCUAUUCUGAUGGAGCUUCAGACCUAUCGUUACCAUGGACAUAGUAUGAGUGACCCUGGAAUUAGUUACCGUACAAGAGAAGAAAUUCAGGAGGUGAGGAGUAAGAGUGACCCAAUAACCCUUCUAAAGGACAGGAUGUUAAACAACAACUUAUCCAGCGUGGAGGAAUUGAAGGAAAUCGAUGUUGAGGUCCGGAAAGAAAUAGAAGAAGCCGCUCUGUUUGCCACCACUGACCCUGAGCCCCCUCUGGAGGAGUUGGCAAACCAUAUUUAUCAUAACGAAGCACCGUUCGAAGUGCGGGGUGCAAACCCCUGGAUUAAAUACAAAUCUGUCAGCUAAACAUCUCCAGUACUCCUAGUCUUUCUAUGUGUACCAUAUACUCCUUUGUCUGUUACUCUGUCACCGCUUCAGUGGGGACUGUUUUCAUGUAACCUUUUCCCACAUUACUAGGGUAAGGAGCACACAGUCCUUUUCAAGCAUUUUAUUCUAAGUGGUUGGAAAGAUUUAAGUCUGCCAAUUGCCUUAGAUUCUUCCGGUGACACAUUAAAGACACUCCAGUGUCUAUUGCAGCAUCGUGUUCUAUCCUCAGUACAUUACUGAGCUGUUAUUUAUAGGAACUCUCCUGUUUUUAAGUGUGUUCAGACUAAUCACGUGUCUUACCAUGUUUGCAUUCUGCAGUCAUUAAAAUCUGGCCUUAAAGAGUUA